AACCAAAAAUGGUUAUAGAGGCUGCUUCACACUGUCUCGUUCAGUUCCUUUGCGGUCCUCUUCUUCAGCACAUGCCAAAGCAGUUCCUCACAACCUGUGGGACCAGAGCAUCUUUGGUGUGUGACAAUGGAAGAGUUGGAUGCUUUAUUGGAGGAACUGGAAAGCUCCACCCUCCAGGACAGCAGUGAAUACUCCAGCCCAGCUCCUCUCCCCGUGGGUCAGUGUUCCAGAAAGGAGAGUAACUGUGCUGAGACCCUUUCCAUUCAGGAUGACACAAGCCCUUUGCCGGUGCAGCUCGUGUAUACAACCAACAUCCAGGAGCCAAAUGUCUACAGUGAGGUUCAAGAGCCGAAGGAAUCACCACCACCUCCUAAAACCUCAGUAGCCGCUCAGUUGGAUGAGCUCAUGGCCCACCUGUGUGAAAUGCAGGCCAAGGUCGCAGUGAAAGCAGAUGCCAGCAAGAAGCAUGUACCAGACAAGCAGGAUGACAAAGCCUCCCUGGACUCAAUGCUGGGGGGUUUGGAGCAGGAAUUGCAGGACCUUGGAAUUGCCACAGUGCCCAAGGGCCAUUGUGCUUCUUGCCAGAAACCGAUUGCUGGAAAGGUGAUUCAUGCACUAGGGCAGGCAUGGCAUCCAGAGCACUUCGUCUGCAGUCACUGCAAAAAAGAGAUUGGCUCCAGUCCCUUCUUUGAGCGGAGUGGCUUGGCCUACUGCCCCAAGGACUACCACCAUCUUUUUUCUCCACGCUGCGCUUACUGUGCUGCUCCCAUCCUGGACAAAGUGCUUACGGCAAUGAACCAAACCUGGCACCCAGAGCACUUCUUCUGCUCUCACUGUGGAGAGGUGUUUGGUGCAGAAGGCUUUCACGAGAAGGACAAGAAGCCAUAUUGCCGGAAGGAUUUCUUAGCCAUGUUCUCACCCAAGUGUGGUGGCUGUAACCGCCCGGUGUUGGAAAACUACCUUUCAGCCAUGGACACUGUCUGGCACCCAGAGUGCUUUGUCUGUGGGGACUGCUUCAGCAGCUUCUCUACUGGCUCCUUCUUUGAACUGGAUGGACGUCCAUUUUGUGAGCUCCAUUACCAUCAACGCCAAGGCAAUUUAUGCCAUGGAUGCGGGCAGCCCAUCAGCGGCCGCUGCAUCAGUGCCAUGGGCCACAAGUUCCACCCUGAGCACUUCGUAUGUGCUUUCUGCCUGACACAGUUGUCGAAGGGAAUCUUCAGGGAACAGAAUGACAAGACCUAUUGUCAAACCUGCUUCAAUAAGCUCUUCCUACAGUAAUCUCAGCUGAACCUACAGCCUCUUCAGAUCCCCGAUAAAUUUUAAACCAAGAGAGGAAAGAGUACAUUUGUUGUUACUGACCUUCUGCUUAAUAGGCUUAUAGAGAAAGUAAAAUUGAAGAACAAAUAGGGGACCUUCUAGAUGUUGUGUGCCUAGGCUUGUCUUAAGUUUUGGAGUUCUCAUCUUAUUUUUUUAAAUGGGAACUUGGAUUUAGAUCUGGGUCCUGCUUUCUAGUGCCUCUGCAGAUGUAUUUUGCACAUGCACGCAUUUAUUUCACAACUGGUUUUCUCAGAUUUCUUCAUUUUCACCCCUCUGAUGGCCCUGCUCACAUCUUCUCUCCUUUGCCCAUCAUAACUGGACCUUUUCAAGCUUCCCAUACUUCCCUGUGACUCACUUUCCCCCAAGCACUGCUGGGGACUUUAUCCUUGCUGUCGAGAAUCACGGCACCACUCUUAAGCUCCUGGCAUCUCCCUUUAGAGUAUUUCUCUCUUUCAAGAGGAAGUAGAUUUUAACUGGACAACUUUGAGUACUGACAUAAUUGAUAAAAAAGUGACUUGUGUUUUAAUGGCUCAAUGUCGUACUAGUUUGGUAGAUAAACUUUGUACUUUUCAUGUUAAUAUACUGGGCACUAUGUGCAAUGAAAUUUUUACCAAUCUCGUUUACUUCCAUUACAAUAAGCACUGUUUUUAAUAAAAAAAAUUAAAAGGAGGGAUUCCUAUUCACUAACUUUUCUAUUAAUUUGAGUAGUUAUUCAUUUACUCAUAAUAUUCAAAUGUUAUUCAUAAUAUUCAUUUUAUUUUAUUUUGCAUUUAGAUAAAUGUAUUAUCUUGCAAGAUGGCAAAGCUUCCUAAAAUUGUUUUUAUCACUUUGUUUACCUAAGGAGAAAAACUAGAUCUCCGCUAGGCACUUGUAAAUUCAUAUUUCCAUAUGUAUGCUUAUCUCUGAACUCACAAAAUUGUAUGUAUUAAGUAUGUCCAGUCUUCUUGUAUAUCAAUUAUAUUUCAA